CAUUAGGAAACAAGUCGUCACGCAGUGGAAUGGGCUGCUCAGGGAGGUGGUGGAGUCACCGACCCUGGAGGUGUUCAAAGAUGUUGUAUUGAGGGGCAUGGUGUAGUGGGAACUACUGGUGAUUGGUGGACAGUUGGACUGGAUGACCUUGUAGGUCUCUUUCAACCUUGGAGAUUCUAUGAUUAAACAACAGAAAAGACGAAGUUCCAGCGUUGGAUGAUGAUAAAUCUCCUGCUUUCUUUGCUGGUCUUGAGCAUGGAUCCUUCUUUUGCGUAGUUCCUAAUCUGUGGAACUGUUCAUCGUCAAAGGGGAAAGAUAGAACUCCACACAAAUCAUGAGUCUGCCCUUUCUUUUGCUGCUCAUCAUUGCGGUGUGUACUCCCUAGCCAUCUCACCUUCAGCAUUAGAUGUGACAGAUGGCAGCUGAGGAGCAGUCUGACAGGGUGGCAUUUGACAUGGAUGUGCACUGAUAUUCAUUGAUGCUCGCUGAACAUUUAUGGAGACCAAACAGGGGAUGUGAGCACAGCGUGGCUGUGGGUCACCUCGGCUGAUACAGGUUUUUACAGGGGCCUGGAAUUCCAGAAAGCAGGUCUCACCCAUGGAGACUGAGUUCAAGAAGGCAGUUUGACCUUUUCUAUGCUCUUUCAACAGGAUCAUCUUUUCUCCUUGGAUGGACUGAUUAUUACUUGUUUGUGUUCAAUGGGACUUCGAAUUCACUUUGUGGUUGACCCUCAGGGUUGGUGCUGCAUGGGCCUGAUUGUCUUUGUUUGGCUGUACAAUACAAUCUUCAUUCCAAAGGUCAUCCUUUUUCCUCACUAUGAAGAGGGGCAUAUUUCAGCUGUGGCAAUUUUGUGUUAUUACCUCUGCUCAUUGUUUUGUAUAGCUUCUUUAGUGAGAGCCUCCAUAGCUGAUCCAGGAAGACUACCUGAAAACCCAAAGAUUCCAAUUACAGAAAGAGAAUUUUGGGAAUUAUGUAACAAAUGCAAUAUGAUGAGACCAAAGCGUUCACACCAUUGUAGUCGUUGUGGACAUUGUGUGAGGAGGAUGGAUCACCAUUGUCCAUGGAUUAAUAAUUGUGUUGGUGAAGACAAUCAUUGGCUGUUUUUACAGCUGUGUUUCUACACUCAAAUUCUUAGUUCCUAUACGCUGCUACUUGAUUUCUGCCAUUACUACUACUUUUUGCCUCUGAAAAAAGAUAACUGGGAUGUUUUUGUAUUUAGACAUGAACUUGCUCUUCUAAGAAUAUCGGCAUUCAUGGGUAUAAUAAUAUUAGGUGGAAUAAGUGGACUCUUUUACACUCAGCUAAUUGGUAUUUUCACUGACACAACAAGCAUAGAAAAGAUGUCAAACUGUUGUGAAGAUAUAUCGAGGCCCCGAAAGCCAUGGCAGCAGACCUUCUCAGAAGUUUUUGGCACUCGCUGGAAGAUCCUGUGGUUUAUUCCUUUCAGACAGAGGCAACCACUGCGAGUUCCCUACCACUUCGCCAAUCAUGUCUAAACAGAUGGAUGGUGGGCACAGAUGGGUCCUCCAUGCUGGAAGUGUGUUACAGGUUUUAUGAUAAUAGGACUAUAACAGUCUUCAAGUCAAUUAAAAACUACCCACCAAUUGUAGACGUCACAGUAUGUCCCAAGCUUUAUGUUAAUAGUGGUCUUGAUUCUGUUCUGAAAUUAAUACAUCUUUGUAUGUUUACAUUUAGAUAUAUUCACUUUCAGAUUAGCUUUACAAAAGGAUUUUAUUUGUCUUUGAAGUUAAUAGUAAAAACAAAUGACUGGAAUGCAGUCUUAUACUAUUGUUUUGAUAAUAAUGACUCCUGUCUUUUUUUUUUUCCUCUGGUAGGAAACACUGAAGUUUACAUUGAUUGUUAGCUUUCCCACUAAGUGUCUUGAUUUUUUUAUUUUUAUUUUUACUGUUUUUAUCUGUAGGUCUUUUAGAUAAUAUUGAGGUCUCUAUUUCUGCUGCAUGUGUUUAAAAUUCUCUUAUACUGCCAUUUAUUUGUGAUGCAUGAUUUUAACCAUGCAGCACUGCACUAUAAAAGGUAGCAUUUAAAACAAGCAGAUGUUUUCCUAAACUUUUAUUGGAGAGGCUAUUAUAAAUACAUGUGUAUGUUUAUAAAGAGAGAUCUUACAUUUUACAAUCAUUCUUCUGAAUAGAUACAGUCUAAGUGGAAAAAAUUAAUGUAUUUAAAUCAGCAAAAGCUAUGAAAAUUGAAAACUCACGGGGUAAAAUAUGCAGAUGCAAAGCAUGUUUUCCCUAAUACCCCAAGGAUUUCUUCGCAAUAAUUCAACAACAACAACAAAAUCAUAUGGUAUGUAUACAAGAAUGACUACUUUUUAAAAAUGUAUAUUUAAUUUGUCAGUGUAAUGUACCAUGAGAAACAGUAUAUUAUCUUUACAGUAAUAAGCAUUUUACAUUUUCUCUUCCUUAGUCACAGUUAGCUGGAGUUGAUUUAGGUGUUUGUAGAUGGGAGGUAUUUGUGAAAAUAUUUUAAACAAAUUUAUAUAUAGAUACAGAUAUUUGCUAUUAAGAGGGAUAGGGUACUAUACCUAUGAACGAUAGCUUGUUUUGGGCCCUUUAUUUAUGGAAGUAAUUAACCAAAGAAAGCAUCAUUUAUGUUGUGGUGAAAUGACAAUGAUUCCCAAAACUGGCUUGACUUUUCUGGAUCUAGAAAAAGAAAAAUGUAAUUUAUGAUAGCCUUGUAUAUCUGUACAAAUGCUAGAAUGAGGAACUGGAGAUUCUUGAAAGUUCUGUGAAUUUUCAUGGGAGAUUCACAGCUGCAAUAUCUCUAGUGUUUGUUGUCUAGUCUAAUAGGACUAGGAUACACCUUAAAUGACAACCAAGUGACAGGGUAAUUUUUAAAGGCAGAGACUCGGAGUAUACAGCAUGUAGUCUGAAUCUGCAGAGAACCAAAGUUAAUUUGCAAACAGUUCAUUGAAAAUGAAGGGCUAAAUUGUCAUGAAUGCUAUUCAUAAUGAAUUUUUGGAUCUUCCCUUUAAAACAUUAAUACAGUCACUGAUUAUGGUGGAUGUUUCCUUUUUGAAUUAACCGUUUUGAUCAUUAAAAUUGCCACAAGAAUCAUCUUAAAAUAUCUUGAGUUUUAGCCUUUUAUGAACUUUUUAACUUUUGAACUGACUUUACUUCCCUUCUCUCUUUAAAAAUAAAUACAAAUUUUGAGCCUUAAAUUCAACUGUUCUUUGUCACUGCAUUUAGAGAUAUGACUUCAGAAUUUAAGAUAGCAAUUGGCAGCAAUACAUUAAGAAAAGUGAGCUUGAGGUAAGUGGAUGAAAAGGCUAGACUAGAGCUUGAAAUGAAGAAUAUCUGUAUUUGUUAUAAUUCCUGUAUUCACUUUUCCUUGGAAGGACUUCAAUUACUAUAGUCUCUGUAAAGCACUUAGGUGAAUAAUAGCAGUCAGUUUUGGUUUAUGUGCCAAUGAUGAGAUGAGAAAAACUCUGUUUUUGAUUUUAAAAGUUUUUCAUGCUAAUCAUUUUUCAUAGCAGGUCAUUACACUUUGGUGCUUGUAAAGGGAGAGGAUCAAGAAUAUGAUUAUUCUUGAUACAUUUGUGAUAGGGGCAUAUAUUUUAUUCCUUCUGUUUUCUGAUAUCACUGUCUGUGUUAACUGUACAUAGAGAACCAAUUCUAUAAAUACAGAAUCCUCUCAACUCUGGGAACCUCAGUUAAAUUUUUUUACAUGAUAUAUACAAUGAAGUAACAAGACCACUGAAUGUUACCUUUUCUGUGGGGAUAAAAUUUUGACUCUGAUCCUGUAUUCUUAUAAAAAGAUGAAAUAUGAAACAGAAAAAUCUGUCCUGAUAAGGCACAGACUGGGGAUAAACAUGCUCUGAGUGGAUAACAGGGCAUGCAUACAAACAUCCUUGCACUUUUUCUCAUGGUUUACAGUUAAUGCUGAUGAAUAUUUAGGCUUGAGACAUUAGCAUACAUUAUGUCUCUGAGGUUGAGUAGUGUUUUCAGACAGUAGUCCGCCUAGCUAAUUCUGAAGUGUGAUGUAGAGCCUUUCCUCUCUUAUUCUCGAAGUGCCCUCUUUUGGCCAUAUUCAGCAACGACGGUUGGCUCUUGGCCUGAAAAAAGGAUGGUGUGCAGCUGUCAUACUUCAUUACUGCACAGUGGUUAUCUGGAGCAAUAAUUGCACGAUUUGGGUUUGCGUCUGUGCUAGUGGAGAGGUGAACAUCACAAGACAAGACUGCAUCUCAAGUAGACACUGUGUUGGGCCCGCAUCAAAUGUUGUGUAGCAUGUGGAACUUUUCUAGAAAAUGUUCAGAAUCAGUUGACUUUUCUUUCAAACAAUAAAUGUGAAAUUAAAAACUGCAUUCUAAAGCACUUAAUCAAAGCAUUCUACUUGGAUUUAAUCUAAAGUUGAGUGAGCGUGAAGGGAAGAUUCAUAAAACAGCGGAAGAGAAGACGGCCAAUGCUUUGAUUUUUUAGCAAAGCUUACUGAGUUGAGUGAAACUGAGAAGAGCAAGUAUUUGCAGUUUGAGUACCCAUGCCAUCACUACGCAAGUCUUCUAAUGUUCGUUUUACAGUUGUCAAGUUUUAAUCAACUAUUUAUGCCUUUUCAAAACAAUGAAAACAUUUUGUUUUAUUCCACCAGGCCACUAUACACCAAUGUAAGGAAUGUAGGGGGCAAAGACAAGAUUUCAGUAGUACUGUGAAAGAGAAUCUUUUCCAUCUUUGCAUUCAGCUGAAACAAAUGAUGAAUUUCUGGUAACAUGAAAUGGUAAUUAACGUAAAGGACCUUUUUGUAGCACAUUAUAUACUGUAUUUUUCCAGCCUUCCAACCAGUAGGGCAUCACUUAUAGCAGACUACCACUGUCUUCUGUAUUUGCUGUUGCUGACACUUCAGAUGUAUUGUUUAACUUUGUCAUCUCCAAUCUUUGUCUUCAAUAUGGACUUAAUAUUGCUGUUGCUAAACAUAAGGAGGUGAUGUAGCCUUAUUGGAACAUUAUCACAAAGACAAAGCUUAGUCCUGUUAACUGACUUUUCUCAAUUUCCCAACUGGACAUAUCAUUACAUUCCUUAAAAGUGUUUUGUUUGCUACAGUCCUGAUUUCCAAUCAACAAAGCUUAAUAUUACUUCCAGUAGUGGUACUAGAAUAAAAACUAAAUAUACUUCCACGCUAUCUGCCUAUGAAGACUCAGUUGCAUAAAACAGUGUGGUUAUUCAUUAGUACCACUGUGUACUUCCCAUUCAGUAUUAUUUUUACAGUUUUGAUAUGUGUGCAAGAAUAACAGAUUGAUCUUUUUUAGUACUGUGUGUAAGAAAUACAUUUGCAGUCGUAAUCGUUCAAUUGGCUGAGAGGUAACUGUCAGAAUACAAAGGUGCUACUCCAUUUUUUUGCAUUUCAAGAAACUACUAGAUUUGCUUCAGCACUGAAAUCUCAGAGUCCAGAGACAGAUUUGAAAAUAAUGAGGGGUUUUGUCCCACUUCAUUCACAUCAUUACCCUCAGAGAAUGCUCUGUUUUUUCCUGCCCUCUCUAUAGAAAUAUAAGAAAUAUAUCUUAUAAAAAUAUCUUAAACAUUUUGAAUCAGCUGUGGGCACCUGGCACAGGUUUUCAAGUCUUGGUUACUCUUCAUCUUCGUAUGCUGCAACUGCUAGAGGUAGGGGCUCAUUUUACCACAUUUUGAGAUUAUCCAUCAAUGUCUCUCGAAUUCUGUGUAUGCUACUAAUGUGAAGUCAUAAAGAACCUUCUCAAAAUGAUGUCCUGUAUCUCUAGAGGCUUAAUUUUCACUUUGUCUUAUGCAGGAGACUUGCUUUAGUUUGGGUAAGUUAGUUUUCAUGUUGGAAAAUAAGUCCUGACUUAGACCUAACAGCACUGAAUUGUUAUGUUUGAAAAAGAGUUUAAUUUUAAAAUAACCUCAGUGUGUGGCUUACAUGUUGAAUAGUUUUUCCAAUAAAAUCAGGAUGGUAACGAUUUCUCAUUUUCUUUAGACCUUUUAAAAGCAUUGGCUUGAUGUAAGAAGAAAUUAUCCUCAGGAGAAAUUCUCCUUAUGAUUUAUAUUAGAAACCAGACCUUUUUAGGCUGACUGUUGUCUCAUUUACCCAGUCAAAAUCACUUCCAUUGUAGUGAAUUCAGUACUACAUGAAAGUUUCUGCUUUGAAUGACUUCCCUACAUUCACAUGCCCUCAUUUUCAGCUUUGAUAGCUCUUUUCAUAGCUUUCUGCAGCACAUAGCAGCAUAGACUUGUUCUACUUAAAGCCACAUUCAUUCUGGACAGAAUGGAUGCUCUGGUAGAGUAACUUGGGCAGGUAUAGAAUUAUAAAGUGACACGUUCCUACUCAUUAUGCUGUUUGUAUCAGAAAAUAAAUACCAUUGUUACUAAUACACAGUACAUACGGCGUGUCAUUUUUCUACUACAUUUUACAUUUGUGCUUUUUAAGUUUAAUAGCUUUAAUAGUUAAGACUGCAUAACAUAUACUCAGAGUUGCCUCCUGCAUUACUAAAGAUAAAAGAAAGUAAUUCUUGUAUGCUAGUGAAUCUAAAUUAGUAAAAAUAUAAGGACUUUAAAAUGGAUUGAGUCAUAGAGGUGCUGCUUGAGUUUUCUUUUGGAAAGAAUCAGCACUUACAGCAUUCACUCAAAGUCACACCUUCUGAAUACUUCCAAAUGUGUUGUUCUUCAAAAGAUUUUUAUGCUACUUUUUAGGGGUAGGGCAUUUGACCAUCAAGACUCAUACAUGAACUUGCACCUGUGAGCUGUGUUCAGCCUAGGACUUCCGUCUUGCUGAAAUUUCUCAAUGGCAUUUGAUGUCCACUUUUCCCAGCUGCAAUGGAAUAUGAUUAAAGUCAGCACUUGCAACAAGGGUCACAUAAGAAUUGCCUGUGUAACUUUAAGAAUAAUUCCAGCUUACCUUGGAAUACAUGUAAUAAUAUAACAUAUUUGAGUUAGAAUAAUCUAAAAUUGUAAUAUAAUUGUAAUUUCUGUGUGUAUGGGUGAAUAGGUAUUUCUGUGUAGAUUCUAAAGACUGACAUACUGAAUGUCACAGUGUAAUUUAAAGAUCGAAAAUUAUUGCUGUCUCCUUAAUGGCUUCAAUCCGGGUGCCAGAUAGUAAAAUCAUACUGAUUUCUACAAAUUAUUACUCUGAGUUAUGUAACUCACAAAUGGUUGUAUGAUUGACUAAUUUGCUUUUGUUUAAUCUUGAAUGUUUUCAAACAAUUCUGAGUAGCGUUUACACUAAACUUAUUGAAAUUGUGAGGUCCAGUACAAGUUGAGAAUGUAUGAGGCUGAAUAAUACCAAAACAGAGAUACAUACUUCGGCAUUAUUUAUUCAAAUCUGGCAUUAUUAAAUCAAAUGUAAAAGUCAAAGAGUAUGUCUAGCUGAGAAAGAAAGCAUUAUCCUAAUUCACUUUCUUCAGUUUAUUCAUGUGGUGUUUCUGGUUUUGUUUUAUUAUCACGUUUUGGAUUAUUUUUUCAUUCCUACUGAGAUUUCUUAUCUACUGUACUUUUUAGAAGUCUUCGUUUUAAAUUAAAAAAUAAUAGUAAUCUAAGAUUCUUUUUCUCCUCUGAGUUUCUUUAACACUGAUUUGGUUGUUCAACUACUUUGCUAAUAUGUUCUGAAUCUGUUUUUAUGGUUUCCCCAAUUCUUUUUAAAUAGCUGUCAUUACUCAAUACUUUUUGUUUUACAAGAUUAAUCUAUAAUCCAAAUUGGUGGCUUUGGGAAACUAAAGUCUGAUAAUAAAUUUCUUGUUAUCUUUGUUUCUUUUCAAGCGAACGACUGGGUGUUGACAGAAACAAAGUCUUGUUUCAGUAGAAGCGUCUAUGACAGCAUUAGUUACAGCACUGGUUAAAUUUCCUACUUCAGUAAUUAUGUCAAUGCAUUUACAGUGAUGCAUUGAACCUCCCUCACUUUUUGUCCUCUGACUUCUUGUAUGUAAUGUAAAAUCCAACAAAUCUGUAAGCAGGGGUGGAGGCAAGUGCAAGCACACAACAUCAAGGCAUUUUCUGGCAUGUUUGUGUGAACCCUACUUGGAUGGAAACUUAUGCUGUAGGUAUUACCUAAAACUUUAUAAAUUACUAUUUAUCAAAUUGCAAAAAUAUGGAUUUUUUUU